AUGUGCUCGCACCUUCCGUGCCCGAAUGAAGACGGUGGAAGCCUGUACUUGACGUGCUAUCCUCUCCUCACGCCACGCUCGGUAAUUUCAAUUUCCUCUUUCGUUUCAAUCUACUUCGUGUUAACCCUCGUCCCUUCGGCUCAUCGUUUCACGAAUUGGGGUAAAAGUUUCACCCUGACGAUCACCGUCAGUUCGACGCCGCCACAGGUGGCCACCUAUACCAAAGCGAUAAAGGUCACCGUGGAUGGACCCAGGGAACCCAGGUCUAAGACGAUACACCCCAUCCCGGGGGACUGCUCCUCGGAUUCCAGAGAUAUUUCCAGUUUAAAUUGUUUCCAUGUUGAAUUAUUCAAGACUAACAACACGAUUCCAGUGCAUAGUUCCAGGCUCCUUGCUCUCCAUCCCUCACCGCCUCUUUUAAACUUCAUCAUUCUCCAGACCUCAACCAUCCCGCACUCUCUGUUCUUGGUUUCUUCCGGCAGCCUUUCCUCGGCAGGAGAUUCUUCUCAGCAACUUCUUAAUUUAUCGGUGGAAAGUUUUAUUCCGGUGGUUUAA